AUGCGAGCCCUUGAAAACAUCCGCGUGCUUGAGCUAGCUGGACUCGCGCCGGGCCCGUUUACCGGUCUUCUCCUGGCCGACAAUGGAGCAGAUGUGCUGCGAGUUGACCGCAUUCAGCCAGGUCAUUCUCCCAGCCCAGAUGUAUUGAUUAGGGGGAAGUCAUCUAUUUGUGUUGAUCUCAAGGGUUCCCCUGGAAGGGAUUUCCUCUUCCGCCUCAUCCCACACGCCGAUGUCUUAAUCGAUCCCUUUCGCCCUGGUGUUCUAGAACGGCUGGGGCUCGGCCCAGAUAUCUUGCUGAAAAUCAAUCCCCGGCUGAUUGUCGCAAGAUUGACAGGGUUUCGCCGUGAUGGAAAGUAUGCCACCAUGGCGGGCCAUGACCUCAACUAUCUUGCAGUCUCGGGAGUUUUGUCAAUGCUCGGCCCUUCGAUUCGAGUUCCACCCUUGGGACACCCGCUUCCACCCAGCCCACCAGGAAAUAUCUUGGCUGAUUUCGCCGGGGGUGGAAUGACCUGUUUCAUGGGUAUUAUUCUGGCGUUGUUUGCUAGAGUCAGCACAGGCAAAGGACAGGUUGUGGAAGCCAACAUGGUAGAUGGUGUUUCUUAUCUUGGCACCGCACCACGCAUUUCAAGCAAGAUUCCAGGACAAUGGGACCAGCCUCGAGGACAGAAUUUGGUCGAUGGCGGCUGUCCUUACUAUAGGGUUUAUGAAUGCAAGGACAGUGGCCGUUACAUGGCCGUUGCAUCCUUAGAGCCGAAGUUUUUCGACGCACUAAGUCGAGGACUUGGCCUAGAGCAGAAGGAUUGGGGAGGAAAUCGCGAAGACAGAUCCCUGUGGCCUGGAAUGCACAUCCUCUUCGAAGAUACAUUUCGCAAAAAGACACGCAAAGAAUGGGAGGUCAUAUUCGAUGGAACUGACGCCUGCUGUACGCCAGUUUUGGAACAUCAUGAAAUGGAGGCUAGUCAUUAUGAUCAACGCCCUGCCGUCACACUUAGCGAGACGCCAUCGGUGAUGCCUGGAACGGAUGGCUGGGAAGUGAGAACAUUGCCGAACGGGCAAGGAGGCGAGGCUGUCCUGCAGGAUUGGGCUGGAUGGAAAAAGGGAAGAGACUUUGUCGUUGUUAAUGGAGGGAUUUGCAGUAAGGAAGCCGCAAAGAUGUAG